GGCUAGCGGCUAACACCUAGCUCCUGUGUGAUCACCUAGCACCGGGCUCAUUCUCGGCGGCGCCCUGCAGAAACGAAACAUGCUAUUGAGGAGCGAGUGAUAUUAGCAACAGACAGGGUUUAGUUGACUUCUUUGAGCAUUAGAACAGCUAACGAGUUGACCGUGCCCCGGCCUCUCUGUGGACAUAGCAUUGUGGCUAUCGGCGGUAAUGCUAACGUAGCGAGUUAGCCUAGCGGGCUAGGUAGCUGGGCUGUUAGCUGCGGAGGGAACUAGCUAGCGGGGAGCACAGCGCUGGUUUACAUUAGCUACAUGCUAGACUCUCAGUAUGGGACUCACUGGACACCAGCGUCGUUAGGCUCACGUUAACGUCAUCCACGUAAGAGCAAGCAGCUAGCAUGCUAGCUUAGCACAGCAGCGUCCCAGUCGUCGCCGUGCAGGCUGAGCAGGUCGGUAGCUAGCCAGCUAGCUAGCAUGUUACCAGGCAUUGUGCGGUAUGUAGCCACGGCAUGCUAACCAUACAGCACCAGAGUGUGUGACCGGUCAUAACGUUUGAUUGACCACACAGACGGGGUAUGAACCAGUUAAGGGAAGGCGUGUUUGAGAGUAGCAGCCGGGGUUAGUGUGCUCCAGCGGGGGGGUCGGACACGACAGGGGCCUUGGUUCCGUCUGAGUGAUGAUGUUUGUUCACAAUGUGUAAAGUCAGCAAAGUCUGGAGAGCAACAAUGUGACACAGCUGAGCAGGUUGGCCAUUUUAAGUUGAUGAAUUGGUGGCGGGCAGCGUCAGCUAGCAACAUGAACAAUUCAGAAGUCCUGCCACAAGAGAAGAUGGAGCUGGAUCUGGAAAUCCCAUCUUCUCUUGUGCACACCGAUGGACACUUGAGGCGAUCCAACAGUGCACCCAUGAUAAAUGGCUUAAGUGAUAACUCCCAAGUGUUCCAGAGAGAGGUUCUGCGGAGCCGGAGAAAUAGCACUACAGUUGUCAACAGGCCGAACAUGGUCCCUUCAUCGCCUAUUCGAGUCCCAAGCACCAGACUUCACCAGAUAAAACAAGAGGAGGGUGUAGAUGUGAUGAACAGAGAAACGGCUCAUGAGCGGGAGGUUCAAGCCGCCAUGCAAAUCAGCCAGUCCUGGGAAGAAAGUCUCAGUCUGAGUGACAAUGAUUUGGAGAAGUCGGCAUCUUCGUCUCCAAAGCGCGUCGACUUUGUUCCUGUGUCGCCUGCACCAUCUCCAACCAGAGGGAUAGGAAAAAAGCAAUGUUUCUCUCCGUCACUACAAAUCCUUGUGAGCAGCAAUGGCUUAUCACCCAGCCCAAUACCCAGCCCAACGCGACGCUUCAGCCGACGGAGUCAAAGCCCAAUCAACUGCAUCAGAGCCAGCAUACUUGGGCCAAUGAAACGCAAAGGUGAGAUGGAGACAGAGAGUCAACCAAAGAGGCUCUUCCAGGGCACCACCACCAUGCUGUCCUCUGAUGUCUCCCACAUCUCAGAGCUCCGUUCCUGCCACUCUCCAGAGUUGCUGGAUGGCAGCCUCAGCAGCGUCGGAUCCUCCACAGACUCACCAGGCAAAAUGGAGGGAGUGUCGCCUUCAUCGUCCAGCAACUCGCCCUUCGCUUCCCUCCAGGAUUUGUCCCCAAAGUGAGCAUGUCUUAGCAAGAGACGAUGUAAAGGACUGGCGCCAAAAAAAAAAGCCCUUCUCUAGGAACAAAGUUUCUGUCUCGACCCUCCCAUCUCACCAUCGCCUAGAUUUAGUGGAAACGUUCCAUGUUUGUGUCUGAGCGGCUGUUUUCACGGCUCCAUUUUGGAGGGUCUAGGUAUGUUUGAAUUAAGGGAACGAAAGCCAUGGAUGAGUUUUUAGGGUGGAAGACGCAAGCCUAGCGUUACUAGGAAUGACUGAAGACACUGUGAGCACCAGCUGCUAGUAGAGGAUCUUGGAUGGUGCUUGGCUUCAUAGUGAUAUUGUGUUCAUAAGUGGCUAUGCUUUUGUCAGACCAGUUCCCGUCACUGGAGAGAGACAUUGAGCACUGGACAUAAACAAAAAAAAAAAAAAAAAAAAGACUAUUUGGAUGUGUACAUUUUGCCUGUUUUGUGCUGGAAAACCUUGGUCCACAGGCCUUUUUUGUAUGGACACAGUCUGCAGAUUUUGUAAGAAAAUAUUUAACUUAUUGUUUUCCUGAUCUGUUUGUAAUUAUGUACAUAUUCCCGUGUCAGAUGUCGUACAUAGUUUUAAGUUUGUGACUGGCUGUGAGGUGAAUGUGCGCACAGGUCUUCAACAGCAGAAGUUUUCUUUGUAAAGGAACAAACUACUUUUGGGGUACACCUAUGGAUAUGUCCUUACUGUUUAACUGUAAGAGGUUGUUUUUUCAGCAGAUUUUUCUUCAUAUUUUUUACAAUAUGGGCGAUUAACUGUUGGGAUUUUUUUGUCAGUUUGGCUUUCCCUACGCCUAGUAUGAGCGAUGAAUGCACCUGCAGUUGAUCUUUAAAAGGAAGAGAAAAAAAAGAUGGUCUUCACUGUUGUGCUCUCAACACUAAAGGUUCCUCUGUAUCCUGUGUUUUUGUCAGGAGGUUUUUGUAGAUAAGCAGAGUAUAGAAAUGAUUUUCUUUCUACUGGGGGGAAUGUUCUUAUUUAUGAAAGAAGUUUAUUAUAAGAAUUGGAAGGCGGAUAGAUUUCUAACCAUUUGUGUUGUCGUUUACAGCUAAUCAGCACAAACAAAAUGGCACCGUCACAUUGUGAGUGAAGAGACUGUUGUGGUUACUCUUAUUCAAAUAGCUUUUUGCACAGGAUACACAAUCCUGUGACGUUUCAGCCCAUGUGUAGGUAGGGCAGAAGUGAAACUUAACUUUGUUGUAAAACAUGAUCCAAGAAUGCAGUAUUUUAGAGGUAAAGAGUACUGCAAUUUUUUUAUUUUUUUUUGAGGUUUUGUCGCUGAAUUUGCUUUCAGCUGUCAAGUUCCCAGUGUCCAUAUCCCCUGUGUAACUUAAACAUACGAACCCUUUCAUGGCUCUGUAGCCUUUAAUGUGUAUGUAAAAAAAGAAAGAAAGAAAUUGCGCCCUUUUUAACUUAAAAGUGUGGCUGCAACUAUUUUUAUUUUUUAAGUGAGUGUCUUUUGCCUUGAUGCAUAUCAGAAAAUGGGAAAUGCAGUCAGCUUGCCCUGCUGUCAAAAUGAAAUUUGAUAUUUUCUGUCGUCUCAUGAAGUGUUCAGGGCAUGAAUUCCGCAAAUAUUCUUAUACUGUGUGACUGCAAUGGAAAGGCUGUAAUCUGCCAAGCUGGCUCACAACUUGGCUGUGCUUGUGUCUUUUUGUGAUUGCAAUCGUAGCGGACGUCAGGACUAAAUAAAUUAUUUCUUUAUAAGGA